AGCUCAUCCAAAACACUCCCCACCUUCUAUCUCAGUCCACCUCUUAUUUCCUUCCCUCCAUACCAAAUAUACAUCACAUUAACAAUAGCCUCUUCUCUCGACUUCACCUCCAUAGUUGAUAGCUUUCAGAGCUUGAAAUUUGCAGUAAGCCAUGGCUUGCUCAAAUCUGGCAAUGUGGGUAUCUUCAAAACCAUCUCUUUCCGAUGCAUCUUCCCUUUCUUUCCGCUCUGUUCUCAACCCUUUUCAGCUUUCCACCCAGACCUCAUCCACUGCUAGCCCCUCUAGAUCACCAUCAGUGAACCCAAUUCACUGUGGCCUUCGCGAGCUUCGAGCUCGAAUAGACUCCGUGAAGAACACCCAGAAGAUCACCGAGGCGAUGAAGCUUGUGGCUGCUGCUAAAGUGAGGAGAGCACAAGAAGCUGUUGUGAAUGGCAGGCCCUUUUCAGAAACCCUUGUUGAAGUUCUGUAUAAUAUCAAUGAGCAGCUCCAAACCGACGACAUAGAUGUGCCUCUUACUAAAGUCAGGCCUGUCAAGAAGGUGGCUUUAGUGGUCGUCACGGGUGACCGAGGCCUUUGUGGUGGCUUCAACAAUGCAAUUAUCAAGAAAGCUGAAUCAAGAAUUGCUGAAUUGAAGGAUCUUGGACUUGAUUACAAUGUCAUUAGUGUUGGCAAGAAGGGGAAUUCCUAUUUCCUCCGCAGGCCUUAUAUUCCGGUCGACAAGUUUCUUGAAGGAGGCACAUUGCCUACUGCCAAAGAAGCUCAGGCAAUUGCUGAUGAUGUUUUCUCACUCUUCGUGAGUGAAGAGGUUGACAAAGUUGAGCUUUUGUACACCAAAUUCGUGUCGCUGGUGAAGUCCGACCCUGUAAUCCACACAUUGCUGCCUCUGUCGCCCAAGGGUGAGAUCUGCGACGUGAAUGGAAAAUGUGUUGAUGCAGCUGAAGAUGAGUUCUUCAGGCUGACAACAAAGGAAGGGAAGUUGACAGUGGAGAGGGAUGUUAUAAGGACUCAAACUGCUGAAUUCUCGCCCAUCUUACAGUUCGAGCAGGACCCAGUUCAGAUUCUCGAUGCUCUGCUACCUCUCUAUUUGAACAGCCAAAUCCUGAGAGCCCUCCAGGAAUCGCUGGCCAGCGAGCUUGCUGCGAGGAUGAGCGCCAUGAGCAAUGCCACUGACAACGCGGUGGAGCUGAAGAGGACUCUGUCGAUUGUGUACAACAGGCAGCGUCAGGCCAAGAUCACAGGGGAGAUAUUGGAGAUUGUUGCUGGAGCCGAUGCUCUAGUCUGAGGUGAAAUCCAUUUUAUGGGUAAUUUUGCUGGCACUCUCCUUGUUACUGGAUUAUGUUUGUUCAAGAACAGAUAUGCAGAUCAGAUACUUGUAACUCUCAUCGAAGAUGCACAAACUUUGUGCGAAAUGAUAACCAUAAUGUGUUUUGGAAA